GUCUCUGAGCAAAGCGGUGUUAUACUCGCAGCAGUUUUUGAUGGUCAUGGUGGUUAUCAUGUUGCCGAUUAUGCGGCUGCCUAUAUGCCCUCCUUCAUACGUUCAAUAAUUGGAGAAGGUAAAAGCUGUGCCCUAGCUGCGGUUCUACUUGAAGCGUACAAAUGCCUAGAGGGAGAUCUGCUAGAAUGGACCAAGCGAGAG